AUGGUGGCUCGUGUUUGUCAAGUCAUGCCUGCGUCUCACCCCAACGUUGUUUUACGUUUUUUCUUCCUGUUUUACACUCAAUGGCUGAGUCGUCAUGAUCGUAUCUCUCCAGUGUAUAUCACCGCAUCUCUACAAGCCCGGGGUCGUAUUCCAGGCCUUCCAGAUUCCUGGUCCCCGCAGCGAGAGGCAUGCCGUGAAGAUUUGUUACCUGUUAUCAAUCCCGCCUACCCUUACGUCAACGACGCUCGCAACGUCGGUCGCUGCGGUUUGGAAGUUUUUUACACAGAGUUAACAUAUGCGUAUCGCCUUUUGUCCAACUUGGAGACGCCUCUGGAGAAGAUAUGGGCGCCCUAUCGCAUAUGGGAGGACUAUUCCACUUUUCUUGUGGUCCAUGUUUCUUGCGAAGAAGAAACGGAUAAAAAAGUGGAAGUGGCUCUUGCCGCCUGGAGCGCCUACGUGAUGAGUAAAAUUCGGAUACUAAUUUACGCUGUGGAGCGUCUCGUGGAUGCUCGUCCAUAUCCUCUGAAGUUAAAUGAUGGCUCAUUAAGAGGCGGAGCACAAUCCAAUCGAUGUCUGAAAGGUAGUUGUUUUCUUAUAGGGGUAAAGGAUAGAAGCGGUAGGCGACUUCUACAGAAGAAUAUGUUUUCCGAAGCGUUUGACGAGCUAAGGUAUGCCGUGUUGGAGGGUUGUACUACGAAGAACGGUGGCCGAGGAUUUGAGCGUGACGAGCGCACCAUGCACGAGCCAAGGUUUACGCUGGUCGCAGCUGCUGAUCUUCCGCCCAUUUUAGGGGAGUAA